ACUGAUGCAAGAGGCACACGACUCGAAUUUCUCGGAUGUGCAGCAGUACGUUACCUUCUGCGCCACGUGUCAACGCAUGAAGUCUUCACGGCUUCGACAUGAGGGACUGCUGCAGCCGCUCGAGCCACCCAGCCGACUCUGGCAACAAGUGACGAUGGAUUUCGUCACAGGCAUACCAGCUGGUUCAAGCGGUAACGACGCAAUUCUCGUCGUCGUUGACCGGUUGACCAAGAUGGCCCACUUCGCCGCCUGCAAGACGACAAUUACUGCCGAGCAGACAGCGAAACUAUUCCUCACGAACAUCGUGCAGCUACGCAGCAUUCCUUCGGCAAUCAUCAGCGAUCGCGACCCACAGUUCACGUCCAACUUCUGGACAAAAACCUGGCAGCAGUACUGCACACGUCUGCAUCUAUCCACGGCGUACCACUCGCAAUUGGACGGCCAAACUGAGCGCACCAAUGGGAAGACUCCCUUCCCUUGAUCGAGUUUGCGUACAACAACGCCCC